CACUACCCCCAGAGGGGCCCACACGGCGCUGUUCUGGAUUCCCGUCGUAACUUAAAGGGAAACUUUCACAGUGUCCAGAGCCCUUGAUGUUCCGCAAAUGAAUGAAGAGGAUGUCCUCAAAUUCCUUGCAGCAGGAACCCACUUAGGUUGCACCAACCUUGACUUCCAAAUGGAACAGUACACCUACAAAGGGCAAAGUGAUGGCAUCUACAUCAUAAAUCUGAAGAGGACCUGGGAGAAGCUUCUGUUGGCAGCUCGUGCCAUUGUUGCCAUCGAAAACCCUGCUGAUGUCAGUGUCAUAUCCUCCAGGAACACUGGCCAGCAAGCUGUGCUGAAGUUUGCUGCUGCCACUGGAGCCACUGCUAUUGCUGGCCGCUCCACUCUGGGAGGGGUGGCAGCAGCGGGUGGGUGA